GAGCAUCUUUUUCGCCUCCGUUUUUCCGCCAUUUUCAUUUCAGAGAAAGGAAUAGUGCCUUUUGCUUUGCUUUUCACUGGGGAGAAGAAGCGGAGAGGAACAGAGCAGUACGAUACGCAGAGACAGACAAGAAGAAGAGAGGAGAGAGAGAGAGAGGGGGGGGUAGAGGGUAGAGGGUAGAGCAGAGCAGAGCAGCAGAGGCUUCUCGUCUCUCUCGUGAGCUUUCAAUCAAUUUCCUUGAAAAAAUUUCACGCCUUUUUUUCCCACUCUCUUUCCUCAUUCAACUCCCCCCUUCUCUCUCCCGUGCCCCCCCCCCCCCCCCCCUUAAGCUCCCCCCACCCAACCAACAACAUAAAGCAAAAUACCCAGCCAAAAAAAUCUCACCUUUUCUUUGAAUUCCACCUCCUCCGUACAACAGGGCCGAACCCUAGAUUUCUUUUCCAUUUCGCAGUGGGGAGAGAUCGGUUCCUGCUCCUGCCUGCUGGAGCUUUCUGGUAUUUCUUGCUUCAGGAUCUGAUGCAUCAUGUUGAAAUUGGUAAAGGAAUCAUAAUAAGCCAUGUAUAUCGGAUGAUCGGUAUGAUUAGAGAGAAUUCUGUUGUUAUCCCCUACUUGAAGGAUAUCCUCAUCUCCAUCCUCAAUGAUUCUUUGGAACUGGGUUAGCGUAUAUCUUCUGGGAGCUCUCUCUUUUAUGUGAAUACCAAUGAAUCAACUAGAGAUGCCUUCAACUUCCAGCACGUGUGAAAUCACCGAAUCAACUGAAGAAUUAGAGGGAGCGAGAAGUAUAUGCCCUCAGAGUUCAGAAAGUAAGUUCUCGAUUGAGGAUGAUAUUAAUCGUCUUUUCGAGUCCAUCAACAUCAGAGCUUCUAGUCGUGCUUCCGGUAGAGACUCCCUAUGCAAGAAUGCCUCGAAGAGACCUAUUCGAGGCAGUUCAUCUCCAGCAUCAGGAAUUGGGAUCUCAGAACCGGUGAGUCUGAAACAGGCUCUUAGAGGCUUAUGCAUAUCUCAGGCUUCAGAAAUGGCUGCCAUGAAGAGAUUGUCAAAGCCCACAAAUUUCGGGGGCCACUCAGAGGCAGGAACAAUCAAGAGGUUAUACAGGGCAGUAGUGGUUGAGACCAAUCAUUCAGGAGUUCCUUUAAAUGAAGGUAGAGGUAACGUGGUGGAAAUCUCACUUGUACCAGAAGGGAUCUGUUCCAGUUCUUCAGAUCAAAGUGAUGCUCGUGUUCUGUCUUCAGAGGCAGUGGCGGAGAAGGAAAAAUAUUUGGCAACUGAAUCUCAGGGUGAAGAAUCAAAGGAAGAGAUAGGGAAGAUGCAACCUGUAAAAUCUCCAAUCGUUCGCAUAAGUGGAACUGUUCCCGAACAUGAAGUUCCUACGAAAUCAACUGUUAGUGGUGUGGAAAAGGGCCAUUCCAUCAGGAAUCAUGUUAGCAAAUCGACUAUUGACAGGCCCCGACUACUCAGGCCAGUCUUCAGUAACAAGAGUUUCAUCAAGAAGAAGCUAAAGCAUGACUCCAGUUCUGCUUCCGGCUGCUCUAGUCCAUCUACUAUUCAAAAGUUUGAUGAAUAUGUAGGCCCGACUGCAGAUGAUGACAUGGCCGUGGAAGCAGACUGUCUCAAGGAUAGCCGCAUUCGAGAUAUGGAAAUAAAAGAUGAUGAAAAUCCUUCAAAUACUGCAACUUGCAAUGCCGGAACCAGGACAAAUCAUUCCCUUGCAAGAGUUGACGAGAGGUCUGGAUCAAAAGGGAAGGGGGAGCUCUCUCAGAGCUCAAAGAGUAGCAUUGGAGAUCACAGUAGCACCACCACCACCAGCUCAAGUGAAUCGAGCAACCUCAGUAGCUCAAGCCGUGGGAGUGGGAGCAGGCCCCACAUGUCCAAAGACCUGAGGUGGGAAGCCAUUAAGUCCACCGAGAGAAGCCAUGGAGCCGUAAAUCUAAGGCAAUUUAAGCUGCUGAAGAAGCUAGGCUGCGGCGAUAUUGGAACUGUUUACCUUGCAGAGUUGAUAGGGACAAACUGCUUGUUUGCUCUGAAGGUUAUGGACUGUGAUUUCUUGAAGACGAGGAAGAAGAUGCUCAGGGCACAGACUGAGAAAGAGAUAAUGCAGAUGCUCGAUCACCCUUUUCUCCCGACUUUAUAUUAUCAUUUCUCAAUGGAGAAGCUCUCAUGCUUGGUUAUGGAGUACUGCCCUGGCGGAGAUCUGCAUGUGCUAAGGCAGAAGCAACCUGCUAGGUGUUUCUCUGAACAGGCAGCAAGAUUCUAUGUUGCUGAAGUCCUCCUUGCAUUGGAAUACUUGCACAUGCUUGGUGUUGUCUAUCGGGAUUUAAAACCUGAAAACAUUCUCAUUCGAGAAGACGGACACAUAAUGCUCUCAGACUUUGACCUCUCCCUUCGAUGUGCUGUUAACCCAGUCCUCGUAACUUCAUCUCUACCUGAAAAAACUGCGCCGCCCAAAAAAGUCUCAAGCCCAUGCACUGAAUCGAGCUGUGUGGAUCCCUUUUGCCUCCACCCGUCAUGGCAAGUCCCUUGCUUUACUCCUAGACUUCUGUCAGUUGCUUCGAAGAGCCGGAAGAUGAAAUCUGAUAUAGGUUCCCAAGUGAGCCCUCUGCCCCAGCUUGUCGUGGAGCCCACAAGCGCAAGAUCGAACUCCUUCGUUGGGACCCAUGAAUACCUCGCCCCAGAGAUCAUCAAAGGGGAGGGUCACGGGAGCUCAGUCGAUUGGUGGACUUUCGGAAUCUUUCUGUUCGAGCUUCUCUAUGGGAGGACACCCUUCAAGGGCCUGAGCAACGAUGAGACUCUGUCCAAUGUCGUCUCGCGGAGCCUCAAGUUCCCUGGCAAUCCGAUUGUCAGUUUCCAUGCAAGGGACUUGAUCAGAGGGCUGCUGGUUAAAGACCCCGAGAACCGGCUGGGGUCAAUAAAAGGGGCUGCUGAGAUUAAGCAGCACGCUUUCUUCGAAGGCCUCAAUUGGGCUCUCAUACGAUGUGCCGUGCCACCAGAGCUUCCGGUGGCCAAGGAAACUCCCUAUGCAGAGGAGAUAAUGGGAUUCGAGGUGUUUUGACUCAGGUCUCUAUACUCUACAAAGAUGAUGUGCAAUUUUCAACUCGAGACUUCUGAUCACUGUAACUUAUAAAGUAUCGGUAUACGUAUAUAUACAUAGCAUGUUGUGUACAUACAGUGUAGAAAAUCGAACGGCUUUGUUGUUCACUGAUUCCGACGGUGUGGCAGUUCAGUUAGAGAUGAUUGGGGAGGGGGGUGACAGUGCUGAAACAUGUGUUCUCUGGUCUGCAGGUGUGACUCAGCGAAUGUUAUGGAAUUUGACUU